GAAGUAGAGACUUAUUGACGAAGCAUUUGAUAUUUUGAUUGGCACAAACGAACAAAGUCAAUUGAUGCAAUCAAUACCAGAUGACAUUUGCUGGCACUCCAACAACUUCUCGUUCAAUUCCAUUUCAUGCCAUCUAAUUUAACUUAAUCCAAAGGGAACAUCCUCCCCUAUUUCACGGCGGCGCUGGUGGUCGUGCUCCUCCUCCUCCUCUCAUAAAACUUCCUAAACCCAAAGCUUCGAUUAAACACUAAUGGGUGCUGCUUCAUCUGUUCCUGAACAUUCGUUUCAUCAAUUUACAGUCAAGGAUAGCAAAGGGAAGGAUGUGGAUCUUAGCAUCUACAAAGGGAAAGUUGUUCUUGUUGUUAAUGUUGCUUCUAAAUGUGGAUUUACAAACUCAAACUACCCAAAAUUGACGGAGCUUUACGAAAAGUAUAGAGCUAAAGGUCUGGAGAUCUUGGCAUUUCCUUGCAAUCAGUUCCUGAAACAAGAGCCAGAUUCUAGCGAGAAAUUGGAAGAAUUUGCAUGCACAAGGUUUAACGCCACAUAUCCCAUCUUCCAGAAGAUUCGUGUUAAUGGACCAAAAGCAGCACCUGUGUACAAGUUUCUGAAAGCAAAUAAAGGGGGAUUUCUUGGGUCAAGAAUCAAAUGGAACUUCACCAAGUUUCUAGUGGAUAAAGAAGGCAGAGUCAUAGGUCGUUAUGGGCCAACUACUUCACCAUUAUCCAUUCAGGGAGAUAUUCAGAAAGCAUUGAAUGCAGAGUGAAAUGUAGCUGAAGAAAGGGUAUUAUGGGUAUGUACACCAGAAUUCAUAGCCAAUCAUAAUUUCAAGGAUAUGGAAAUUAAUGCAAAUAUUGACCCUUGUGUGGUGGCAACGUGUAAUAGAGCAUUUUUUGUAAGGAAAUAGUUCUUUGCUGAAAGUAUUUACAAUUCCUAUUAAAAAAAUGUUUUUUAUGUUGCUUUGCAUAUUAUGUAAUCUUCUUUGCUAAAAAGAUUUAUAAUUCGUAUUGACAAACCCUAAUGUUGAUUUGUCGAUGCAAUUUGUU